GACGAUCAGACCAGAUUUCAUGCUGCUUUGACUCUCAGAAAUAUGUCUAAAGAAGUAAUUAAACGGUGGUCGACUGACUCGACUCCAGGUCGCUGUAUGCGUUAUUGGCUGCAAGUGCUGUCAUUGUCCAGUUGAUGCCUCUUUCAGCUACCCAGAAAAGCAACCUAUUGAGAAGCCUCAUGUUGGGCAUUCAGAAUGGAAAUCUCACUGCGAAAGGAACAUAUAUGCGAUGUCUCAGUCAGUAUUUUGGCAAGGACGAAGAAUUCAAGCAGAUAGCUUUGCAGGAAACCAAUUUCAUGGCGACAUUGGUUACUGAGCUCUUUGGCACUGAAACUCAUUACUUAAGGUCUCAGCACGAGCAUGUAAUGCCUGCAUUCUUGAGCAUCAUACGUUGCAAACUUCGAGCUGUUAAAGAUGGCACUGAGAACAUCAGGGAUGUAAUUCAAAAGGUCCUUGAGGCAAUGUGUGUCGAACUUUGGCUUGACGAGGGGGAUGGUUAUGUGCUCCUUGGCGGAAUUUUAUCUAAUGAUGAUUUGGUAUCACUGCUCCGCAAGAAAUCUCCAGGAUGGCGCCUAGCUCCAGAUAUGGAAUCAGUGGGGAAGAUAAUCAUUUUUGAGAUGAUUCAGUUAACUCGGUCUACGCAAAUCCGGAAUAAGGGGUCACAGAGCAACUUGGGCCAUACUCUGAAUCGGGUUCAAGAUUUUCUUAAUAUGCUGUAUAACUGUGAUGACAAGUUACGUCGGCUUAUCAAUGGUAGCGAUGCCAUCGGGACGAUUAUCAGAGCUUUGAAGCACCGAAUGUCUCGAGUAAAGGCAGUUGAGUUUCUCGAGUCGCUUGCCAAGCGAGAUAGAGACAAUAAUACAAAAGAUGGCUCGCGGUUUAGGCCUCUGUUAACCGACAUCAUAGAACUCGGUAAAAAGACAAUGAAGAACGACAAGAGCCCAAUAUUCGCUGUAUUUCAAAGGGACGGUGCCACGAACAACGGCGAGGGUGCACAGCCACUGGUAAAUGUGCGAGACGCUUUAAGGGCACUUGUACCCUACGAGUAUCUCAGGAAACACAUUCUAGAACCCAAAAACUUUGAGAUAAUAAGCAAGAGCAUCGAUAUUCACGAUAUCAUACAAAAGCGCCGAGGAGAUCGAGUCGAAGCUGAGAUAGCUAGGGUCAAGUGCUUGAAGGCGCUCAUUGCCUAUCCCGAUGCCCUCGAAGUGAUGAAAACUGACCUGAUACGUCCGGUAUUGCACCUACAUCAGGCCUUCAACGACGAGUCAGGAUCCAGCCAGUGGCUUCAUAUGUGGUCAGACUGCGGUACGCUGCUGGAGGAGACGUUGAUGGAAUUUAGGAACAAGGCUGAAAAGCACUUGAUACCUCUUGAUGCAGACGUUAAGGAGAGGCUGGAGCGGUUUCGCCGGGCCCAGUCCAGUGGAGAAGGAGACCACAGGGUUGCGCAGACGAGUGGGAUGGGAUCAGCCAACGAGGCAGGCGCCUCGGAAUCACUGAGUAUGGGUCGGCCUUCCUCGGAUGAUGAUGAUAGUUGACAACCUGCAACACGCCUCGAUAUGAGCGAAGACGCGAUCGGCCUGCCUCGGAGUUGCUCUAAUAAUCUUCAGUGAUGCAUUUAAUUUAAUAUGCACCUUUCUCUGAAGCCAUUUGCAUGUAUUCUCUGCCUGUCCCUGUAGUAGACAGGGCGC